AUGGCUUCACAGACACAAGCACCCUUUACCCGCUUCGUGCGAUUUGUCCCGCGCUCUGAUCCCAACAAGAUUCUCAUUGGAGAGCCCGAAUCAGAGUCUGUCGAUGUUGGUCUUGCCGUGCGCAACGGCGAGGAGGUGAAGGUUGUAGUGUGGUCCGGAUCCAGUGUCGUUAAGCCGGGUUCCAAGACCGAUCAGCGGGCCGUCAUUGAUCGCGUUCUCUCGCCCGUCUCUGCCGAGGAGGUCGGAACGAUCCGGUGCAUCGGCUUGAACUACGUUCAACACGCAAAGGAGACUGGUUUGGCCCUGCCCGAAGUCCCGACUGUCUUCUUGAAGCCAAGCACUGCCCUGGGAGACCCGUGGCCGGCGCCUACAGUGCUCCCUCUGCUUACCCAGGCUGAUGAUUGUGGUGACUACGAGUCUGAGCUCGCCGUAGUGCUGGGAAAGACUGCCAAGAAUGUGUCGGAAGCCAACGCCCUGGACUACGUCUUGGGUUACACUGCCUGCAAUGACGUUUCUUCCCGGACGUACCAGCUGAACCAGUCGCAAUGGUGCUUUGCCAAGGGAUUCGAUGGAUCCUGCCCAUUGGGCCCAACUUUGGUUUCCAAGGAUCUCAUUCCGGACCCCAGCAAGUUGAAGAUGCGCGGCUUGAAGAAUGGUGAUGUUCUCCAGGAAUCUGGCAUUGACGACCUGAUCUUCAAUAUUCCCAAGCUCAUUAGCUUCCUUUCUCAGAGUACGACGCUGCCCGCUGGAACGGUGAUCAUUACAGGAACCCCCGCCGGUGUCGGCCUGGGCCGGAAACCCAAGGUGACUCUGAAGGACGCCGAUGAGUUCCACGUUGAGAUUCUUCCCCAUAUCGGCACGCUGGUCAACACCUUCCAAAACGAGGGUGUGACCGCGGUUGGGCAGUAG